GUGUAGCUGAACACUACAGUGCAAAGAAGACAUGGCCGAUCACAGGACAACUUUAUUUUGAACGGCGUGUUUUGUGACUUUAUCUUUUUUUAUUUUCUUCAGUAUUUAUUGUCUCUUGAACUGUUUUGAGUUUAGCCAUUAACAUGAAUGAAAAGAGAAACUGCAUGAUCAGCAGGACUUCGGCUCUACCUUUAAUUUUUAUCUCAGUGUUUUUCCACUUUGCAUUGGGAUCCUUAGAAUUUCACUUUAUUGAUCAGUCUAAGUCCUACAGUGAAGCAAAGACUUACUGCAGACAGAGAUACACCGAUUUAGCAACAGUUGAAAGUCUAGCAGACAUGAACACUUUGUUAGAUUUGUUUUUAACAACAGGUGACACGGCCUGGAUAGGUCUAGAGAUCGGAAACCAGUUCAAUUGGCACUGGUCUAGAGCCGAUGAAAACACAGACUAUUUUAACUGGGAGAAGGAAGAAACACAGACGUUGAAUUCAGAGAAAUGUGCAGCAAUGAGUCAAAAUGGAUCCUGGUUAGUGAGUGACUGCGGAGAUGAGAAAAACUUUAUUUGUCAUGCUAACAGCGAUGCCAGCAGCAACAUGUUUAUUGCUGAGGCCAAAUCCUGGAGGCAGGCUCAAAGUCACUGCAGGAGCUUGUCUUCUGAUCUAGUUAGCAUACACUCGGCAGAGGAGAAUGCAGCUGACAGUAUCCUGUCUAGAUCUCAAACUGUGUGGAUUGGCCUCUUUGGGGAUCCCUGGAAAUGGUCAUCUGGGAGUAACUCAUCAUUUCGUUUGUGGAAACCCAAUCAACCUGACUAUGUUAACAGUCAACAGUGUGUUGUUACAGAAUUGAAAGAUGGAGGGAAGUGGAAUAACAGGAACUGUAAUGCCAAAUUUUCUUUUAUUUGUCAAAAGGAGCUGAGUUCUACUCCAGCCUCCACCAGACCACAAACCACACAGAGCAAAAGUACAUCACAACAAUUGUCAACAAACCUGACAACUCCUCAACAGAAUUCACCUCAAUUUGCCACGAAAACCUUUUAUUAUGAAAAGUCUUCCACAGUACACUUGGACAUUACUAACGUGACUGCCUCAACACCUCAGCACAGUGUUACUGCAUCUCCAACAGGGAUGGGACCUUUAUCUCAAACAACUAUGCAAUCUGACACUGUAACAUCUCGAAUGAACAGUUCGUUCAUGAAUUCAGAAAAGCUGAUAUUAAUCAAGAAAAAUCUGACCUGGAUUGAAGCUCUGAUUUACUGCCAAAAGCACCAUGUUGACCUUGUCCUCAUCGACAGCAAAGACACUCAGGAUAAAGUGGCUGCAAAAGUAAAGAAUGCUACUUCACAGUACGUCUGGCUGGGCCUGUGCUACAGCUGUACUUUUAAAUUUUGGUUCUGGAUAGGAACAACUCCCAGCUGUUACCAAAACUGGAUGCCGGGCCAAGGGCCUGAAAUGGUGUACGAGUGUGGUACAAGGGGAGCGGUUGAGGCCACUGGGAGGCAGCAGUGGACUGCUUUAGCAGAGACAGAGGAAAUGAACUUCAUCUGCUCAGAAAAUGGUGGAUAAAAAACUGGAGAGCAAGUGAUUUUGUGUGUUUUGACAAAAAAAUGCUGAUCUUGGUGUAUGAAAAUAAAACCUGAUGUUGCCACAUUUUUUUGCAUUUCUGGAAAAUGUGACACUCAAAGAACUUGAUCCCUGACCUUUGAUGAACUGAUCAGAGUUUAGUAUUUUUUUAUGCUCACUUAAAAGCUUAGAGUAAAAUCAGUAACACAGCUGGUUGCUUGGAAAUUGUCAUGUGGUGUUGUGUAUUUUCAGGGUGAAAUGAAUCACAAGAAAAGUGAUCUCACUCA